CUGCCAUCCCAUGAUUCUCACCAAGCGGAACAAGAUCAGACGGCCACGGUGGUUGGCGAAUGAGUAGCAGAGCAGGGGAUGUGCUACACUGGAACAGGGUGCUUCACACUGCAAUGUUUCUCGAUUGUUUUCAGUCUGUGGCUCCCUCACCUCCCCCCCGGCGGGUGCAGGAAUUUGUGCUUGAGUACGGAGUACUGAACGCCAAAAAUGAUGAUGGCAAGCGAGAUCUCCUUUUACGAAUGAGUGAAGGACAAGGUGAAGUUAAUUGCGAGAUAUGUUCAAUUUACAAUCACAGUCUAGAUUCGUUUUAUGUGACCCCAAUUCUGACGGAGAAGAAAUGUAAGCUUCAAGUCUGCUUGAAGUACGAAGUAUUUACGGAUUCCCUACGAAUGGGUGGGUUUGGGAUAUGCUUCUUCUCCUGAAUUGACCUAUGGACGAACGGCUGGUCCACUCUUUGUGCAACAAGUUCUGUUAGACGGUCAAAAUCCGGCCAGUUCCCCGAAGCGAAAGAGGAGCAUCUCCGAAGUUGCUACUCCACAAUUCCAAGAUUGUAGCGGGUAUAGGGGUUUGAGUUGAGAGCAGUUAUAAACACCUGCGAUUCCCGUUUUUUUUUGUCUUUUCUGAUCCAUCCCGCCUUAACUUUCAAUCUCUCUAAUUCAAUUCUUAGGAUCCAGGUGAUUCUCCUCACAGUUCUUUUAACUCGAUACAUUCAUUUACUCGUGCCGGGCACCUAUUUUACUCAAAAAUCUUCAUCAUGCGUUCCUCAAUUGUUGCAGCAGUCUUCUCUUUUGCCGUCGCCGUCAGUGGUCACGGUGUUUUGCUCGCUAUCGAUGGAGAGCCAGGAUCUAAAACCAGUGUCGGUUUCGAGGGUAAGGAUCAGAUUAAGCUAGUAGAAGUUUACAUGGACUGACGACGGCUUUAGUGGACGACAAUGUUGCACGAAACUGCACUGGUAUCAGUCCUUGCCAGCAGGAUACCACCAUCAUCCGCGAGGCUGAGAUCGCUGCGAAAACCGUUGGUUUUUGUGGAAGGACUCAGUUAGCUGGACCUCUCGACACACAGAAGGAAGUCGAAGAGGCCAUCAAGGGAGACUCGAUUACGGAAGUCAAGGGCGGAACUUCCUUGGCCAUUAAAAUCCAUCAAGUUAACGCCGAUGGAGCUGGACCAUACGACUGUGUUGUGAACCAAAGUGGUGACGAUGCCGGCCAGGCCACAGAGUUGGUUGUUUCCAACAACGUCCCAGGUGAAAACGGUUUCUCUCCAGCCAAGUUUGAGGCCUUCACCAUCAACGUCGCCAUGCCAGACAACUUCAAGUGCACUGGAGGUAAGAAAAACCAGAUAACAUGAUGAGUUCUUAUGUUAACAAUUACUUCAGGAUCCACCAAGGACAUUUGCAUUAUCAGAUGCCGAAACAACGCCCUCGCUGGUCCAUUCGGAGGAUGCACGGCUGUCAGACAAGUUGGUGCUGGCGGUGGUGGUGGUGACAACAAGGCAGCUGGCAACAACAAGAAGGACGACAAGAAGAACAACAACAAGAACGCUCGAGGAUUCACCCUCAAGUGGGCCAGACGUGCUUUGGGAUUUUAAGGUCAUCAACACUCUUAAGCAGAAGACUUUGAGUAUAGUGGGUUGUUUCUAGUAGGGUUUUUAGAAUUCUGGGGGUUUUUUGUAUAAUCUAUUUUAAGGCAUCUUCUUUUUCGUACCGUGAUU